UUGCCUUUUCCACAUACAUAGGAAUGUGUUUUCUGGAAAUCAGUUAGGAAAUGUAGAGGGAGGGAAGGGAGCCAAUUGGGUAUUAGCCUAGGCCCCAUCAGAACACUCCAUGUAUAUCUACAUGACCCUUUUUUCUUUCUCUGAGCAAUUCAUGAGGAAUGUAAGUUGUAACACACCCAUGAAGACAAAUGAGAAGCAAGUUUCUUAAGCUUUAGAGAUAUUAUAUCAUGGAUAUACUGUUGUUGAUCUGUCUUCUGGCUUGCUGUUCAGUGUUGGUUUUGUUGGUGAAAGUGGGAAAUAGCAUAUGGUGGAAGCCUCUUCAAUUGAAGAAGCAUUUUGAAUGCCAGGGAAUCAGAGGUCCUCCUUAUAGACUUGGGUAUGGUAACAUGGUGGAUAUGCUCCAGAUGAGAGAGAAGGCAAUAUCCACACCCAUGAAGUUGUCCCAUAAUAUUAUUCCUAGAGCUCUGUCAUUUUAUGACUCUUGGACAAGGACAUAUGGUCAAACUUUUAUCCACUGGCUUGGCUCUACUGUGAGAUUGAAUAUCACAGACCCUGACUUGAUUUGGGAAGUUUUGUGCAACAAAUCUGGUCUAUAUAAGAAGUGUACCCAGAUGAAGCAACUCAAUGGAGACGGUCUUGUCAGUCUGGAAGGAGAAAUGUGGGCUCAACAUAGGAGAAUUAUUAAUCCUGCUUUCCAUAUUGACAAUUUGAAGGGCCUGGUUCCGAUGAUGGUGGCAAGCACUUCCACUAUGCUGGCUAAAUGGAAAGAGAGAAUUGAGAAAGAUGCAAAUGAGAUAGAAGCCUGCAAAGAGUUCAGAGAUCUCACAGAUGAUAUACUGUCCCAUAUAAUGUUUGGGGGCAGCUAUGUGGAGGGUAGACAGAUUUUUGAUAUGCAAGCGGAGCAGGCACUUCUAAUCUCUGAGGCUCCCCGGAGUUUACUCUGUGCUCUAAUAAGCAGGUUCUGUCCUUCUAGGAAAAAGAGGUACAUGAGAAAACUAGAUAAAGAAAUCAGAAGCUCUCUCAGGCAGUUGAUUGAAAGCAGAAAGAAAGUAAGGAGUGCAGGAAGAUCCAAUGGCUAUAGUGGUGACCUCCUGAGCGUGAUGACAGCAGGCAGCAGAAGCAAGGACACACAACAGCUGCAGGGAGGAUUCGUACAAAAAACCAUAAUUAUGGAGACUGAAGAAAUCAUUGAUGAAUGCAAGACCUUUUUCUUUGCGGGCCAUGAUACAACAGUGUGCUUGCUGACUUGGACUAUGGUACUUCUUGGUAUGUACCCUUAUUGGCAGGACCGAGCAAGAAAGGAAGUAUUGUCUAUCUGUGGACAGGGAGCUCCUAAACCAGAAAAUGUAAACCACUUAAAACUUAUGGGCAUGAUUUUGAACGAGGCUUUGAGGCUCUACCCACCUGUAGUUGCAUUGAUCAGACAAACAGACAAUGAUACCAAAUUGGGAAGCUUAUCAAUCCCUGCAGGAACACAGCUCCUCUUUCCUAUCAUUGCACUUCACCAUGAUGAGGAAUUAUGGGGAGAGAAUGCCAAGGAAUUCAAUCCUGAAAGAUUUUCUGAAGGAGUUUCAAAGGCUGCUAAGCAUCCCAUGGCUUUUAUGCCAUUUGGGCUGGGACCCAGAGUUUGUGUUGGCCAGAACUUCCCAGUGCUGCAGGCCAAGGUUAUAUUAGCCAUGAUAUUGCAACAAUUCUCUUUCUCUGUAUCGCCGACCUAUACUCAUGCACCUAUCCCUAUGGUUUUUCUUCAGCCCCAGUUUGGAGCUCAGAUGAUUUUGAGCAGUAUUCCGCAUAAUGAAUGAAUGAACUGAAAAUUAAUCAUGUUAAAUUUACUUAAAGUCAGUGAGCUCAUUGUAGGAUGAUAGCAGAAAAGAUGAUAGAGAGAUCAUAGCUCCAGUUUAUGAUUUAAGGCAGCUAAGAGUUGCUUGUAAAGUGUAAUUUGUGUCAUAUUGUGUUUGCUUUUGAAAUAGAACCAAAUACAUAGUUUGAUGAUAGUAGUUUAUAUCAAGUAAAAUGGAAUGUAUGGAUAUGGAUCUUUUUAUAGUCUACAAUGUGGGGGAAUUUGUUUUUGGGUCUACAUAUGGCUUAUAGUAAUAUGAGAUUAUCUCGCACUCUUUGCAAGAGGCACCUAACUGUACUACAAACAAGACUUCUAUGAGAUUAUAUUUUUGUGGUGUUCA